AUGACCAUCAUGUGUCUUGUGGCCAGAUCCACAAAAAUAGUAGGGAGUGACGCGGUGGUGUGUGAUUGUUGCUCAGUGAGUGAGUAAUGCCCACGAUGCUUACAAUCUUGUGGCACGCGAUCUACAUUUCCGUCACCGCACAACAGCAACAACCAAAACAAUAACAACGAAUAUACGCUAUAUAUGGACAUGUGAGUCAAGCACAAAGUUUCAAGUAUUUUCGUCGUUUUGCAAUAAUGUCAAACCCCAUUGCGGCAGGCGUGGAGUAUUUCAUACAAGGCGGCGGUGGCGGUGCAAGCAGUAACGGAAAAAGCUCAGUAACAAAUCGAUUCGUCAACGGUGGCGCCCCUCACCAGCAGCAGCACCACCACCACCAUAGCAAUCACCAACAUCGCCAGUUUCACCACCUUCAUCACCAUCACAGCAGUCAACCACGGAAACACCACGAUUACCACCAGUAUCACAACAUACUGCGCAAACAACAAGAACAGCAACUCCUUUUUCGCAAUCAGCAGAUUCAGGAGCAACACCAGCAGCAGCAGCAGCAGCAACAACAACAACAACACGUUGCACAGGUGGAAGGAUCGCGUUGGCAUUCCAUUGUCAGACGCAUGUCAGUUGGCAUACAAAGAGCUGAGGACAAGUACAACAGUAAGGGCGGCUAUUAUGACAUUGACGAGGACGAAGAAGACGUUGUUAUGCGUGAGGCGGCGCAGGAGGAGGUUCAAAUCUCCCCUGCCUCGUUUGACGGAUUUUUUAAUCUUGAAACACUACCGAUGUGGACACACAAGCGACCGCCUGGGAUGCUCGGUGAGGGUGAUAAUUUACCAUCUAUGGAUGAAGUCGCCAAGGAAGGAGCACGCGCCGCUCAUCUGGCAGAGAGUAAAAGCAAUUAUUUUGAGCAUCCGUUUGAAACAGCUGUUGCUCCAUGGGAUCAGCAAGGUGUGUAUAUACAUAGAGGAGAGAGUAGUGUAUACAUAGUCUCUCAAUUGACUGUCAGUAGGUGCCACAAAGGUGUCAACGGCACUAGUGCCAGUCAAUGGACGUCCUAUAUCAACGGUAAAGCAUGAAAGCAUAUUUAUCUCGUUCAAACGAACUUUUGAAACUAAAAACGGGGGUUCUCCCCCCCCCCUCCCCCUCCUUUUGCAUUAUGCACUAUGUAGCCGCGAGACUUGUUUGGACCUUUGACAGUAAGUUGUUGGAUUAGAAACAACGUAUCACAGAAAGCGCCACAGACGGUGCCACAUCACUGUGUAGCUCAUGAACACAAUGAUGGAUUUGUGAGACGCUAACUCUAUC